GCAGUUUGCCAAGGAACAAUGAGAUCAGGGAGCCUGACCAUAAUCUGGGCUCCCAGCACCUGCUCUGGGCCAGGCGGUGCGGUCAGAUCAGGCAGUUUAACCUGUGCUGGGCCAGCAGGAUCAGACUUUCCAACAUCAGCAAUGCAGCCCCAGCCCUCCAUGUCCCCUCCUAGCUCUCCGCAGCACGCACUGCCUGGGUCCGGGGAGCCAAGCGAUCCAAUCUUUGGAGCCCUGCCAGGGGAAUUCUCUCUCUCAAAGGGCAGGCAGCUGAAAUCCCCUCUCCCAUCCCCCCGAAACAAAACCACUGGGAAGAAAAGGCCAGUGGUCCAGGGUAUCUUUCCUUUUUACCAGGCCGCUUUGUUCUUCGGAUCUUCUCUCACUCCGUACAAAAUCUCCUGUGAGCACUCCAACUCCAGACCAUUGUUUUGAUUUUUUGUUUUUAACUUAAACACAUAGAAAGCUUCCACUGCUUGUAAACGGUUGAAGAGUCGCUGUCCUGCCGUCUCAGCGUUAACCAUUUCGCUCCCAGGCCGCCCGGGGACCGGCUAGUCCUCCAAGAACCAAGGCCUGACCCCCGCUCCACCAUGGCAGCCCUGCUGAAGAGCCUGGUGGGGGCGUCGGAGAAGUCGGCCCGCAUCGCCCAGCUGUGCCGCCAGGAGGAGGCGCUCUUCCAGCUGCUCAUCGAGGAGAAGACGGGCACCGACAAGAACAAGAAGUUUGUGCAGGAUUUCAAAACGCUGGCGGACGUGCUCAUCCAGGAGGUCAUAAAGCACGACGUGGGCAAGGAGUUCCCAGAGCUGCGCGGCCACAUCGGCGGGGAGGAGUCCAACCAGUUUGAGAACAGCCUGGGAGAGACCCUGGUGGUGCGGGUGUGUGCGACCCAGCAGGACACGGCCUCGCUGCUCUUUACAAUCCUGGACCGGAACCAGCCGGCGGCCGAGCUGCUGGCAGCCGCCAUCCACCAGGAGGUGGCGCUGCAGGACCCGGCGCUGGACGCAGUGGCACUGGCAAUCCCCCCGGAGAGACUGGCCAUCUGGAUCGACCCCAUCGACUCCACCAAUCAGUACAUCCGCGGCCAGGCCCGUGUGGCGCCCAUCGAUGGCAUCUGCCCGUCCGGGCUGUGCUCGGCGCUGGUGCUCAUUGGGGCGUACGACCGCAGCUCGGGGGACCCGGUCCUGGGGGUCAUCAACGAGCCGUUCUUCCGGGAGGACCCCCUCACCCACAGGUGGCAGGGUGUGUAUCACUGGGGCAUCUCGUACCAGGGCACCAGCCUGGCCUCGCUGCACCGGCCCCCGCUACGCCCCGAGCCCUGCGUCGUCCUGAGCAGCAGCGAGACGCCGGCGAUCCAGCGGGCACUGAGGCCGCUGUACGGGGAGCGGCUGCGCUUCGCCUCGGGCGCCGGCUACAAGAUGCUAUGUGUGAUCCUGGGGCUGGCCGAGGCCUAUGUCCUCUCGGAGGGCAGCACCUUCAAGUGGGACUCGUGUGCCCCCCAUGCCAUCCUGCGGGCUCUGGGCGGAGGGAUGGUGGACCUGGAGGCUGCCCUGCAGGCCUGGCGCGCUGGCCAGCGGGGGGCGCUGCCAGAGCUGACCUACAACCAGCCUGCGGCGGGCGCCGUGGGGGCCGAGCGCUGGGCCAACCGGGGCGGCCUGGUGGCCUUCAUGCACCGAGAACACCUGGAGGUGGUGCUGGCCACUCUGACCACUGCUGCCCUGUGACCCGCAGGGGACUGCCCUGCCGGGGGGAGGGCCUGGCUCCGCCUGUGGGGGUGGGGGCAGUCUGGCCCCAAGGGCGCGAAGGGGUGAGGUUGGCAGCACCAUUCGGAGGGGGGGCAGGGGGCUGCAGGCAGCCACUGCUCCUGGCAGGUGUCGCAGACCUUACGCAUGGGGCAAAGGCCCCAGAGAGGUGCCACCUCCCCUCCCCUCCGGAGCCUUCCAGCCCCACCCCCCUCUGCUAGUGCUGCGGGCGCCCGCUUGUGCCAGUCUCCGCCACAGGAGGUGUUGCCUGGUCCCCAUUAAACAGUGCGUUUCUGUU